CUAAUGGUGUUCUUAUUUUACAGUAUCCUGUCGAACAUCCAAGAAGUCCAUCAGAACAUGGGCUACUGUCCACAGUUUGAUGCUAUUAAUGAACUGCUGACAGGGCGAGAACACUUGGAGUUCUUUGCACUCCUCAGAGGUGUUCCUGAGAAGGAAGUUUGCAAGGUUGGCGAAUGGGCAAUUCGGAAACUGGGCCUUGUGAAAUAUGGAGAAAAAUAUGCAGGCAACUACAGUGGAGGGAACAGGCGCAAGCUCUCCACAGCAAUAGCCCUCAUUGGAGGGCCACCUGUGGUAUUCCUGGUGAGUCUGCAACCUUAACUCAUUAAUGUUUUCCUCUAAAAACAGAAAAAUUAGGCACAGAUGAAGACUGGCUAUUGUGUGACUAACAAAAUCUAGAAAUGUCAUCAGUCACCUAAAUAUAAGCAAAAAACACAGGGAAUCUUUAUUUGGGACUGUGUGAGCCUACUUGGAUGUAUACUCAAACUAUAGUGUGUCUCAUGGUUUCUAU